AUGGCCAGCCGAAACACCCCUCUCUUUUUCCAUGGCUUUGAACUCGGCGGUCACUUUGUUGACCCUCGACCUCUCGGUACAGGAGUCACCGGCCUGGUUUUGUCAGCUGUUGACCAGCGCACUGGACAGCGAGUGGCCAUUAAAAAGCUGGUGAUGCGUGAUCCGGUUACGAUGAAGCACGCCCUGCGGGAAGUAAAAAUCACCCAAAGACUGCACCAUGAGAACGUAGUGUGGGUUCAUGAGGUCUUAGCUCCGUACGGACAACCAUUACCCAGAGACCCAUCUCAGCUCACUGCCCUGUACAUCAUUCAGGAGCGCAUGGAGACUGAUCUGGCUCAGCUGCUGGACCAAGGACCUCUACCCACAUGUCAUGCCACCCUGCUGUUCUACCAGCUGCUGAGGGGGCUAAAGUUCAUCCACUCAGCCAACGUCCUGCACCGAGACCUGAAGCCUGCCAACAUUUUCAUCAACACAGACCAACUCCUGCUCAAGAUCGGUGACUUUGGGCUGGCCAGAAUAGUCGACCCCCAUUAUUCCCACAAGGGUUACCUGUCCGAGGGUUUGGUCACUAAAUGGUAUCGGUCCCCCCGCCUGCUCCUGUCCCCCAAUAAUUACACCAAGGCCAUAGACAUGUGGGCGGCCGGCUGCAUAUUAGCUGAGAUGCUCACUGGACGCAUGCUGUUUGCAGGAGCUCACGAGCUGGAACAGAUGCAGCUGAUUCUCGACACGGUGCCAGUGCUGAGAGAGGAGGACAGGCAGGAUCUGCUGCAGGUGAUGCCUUCAUACGUCAGUAAUGGAUGGAAAGUCAAGAAACCCUUUUCUGAGCUACUGCCUGAAGUGGAUGCUUUGGCUGUGGACUUUCUGGAGUGUAUUUUGACCUUUAACCCUAUGGAUCGUCUGACAGCUGAAGAGGCCCUGUCCCACCUCUUCCUUCAGAAGUACUCUUGCCCCGAAGACGAGCCCACAUCGUCACAUCCCUUCCACAUUGAGGAUGAGUUGGACAGCCUGAUCACUGAGCAGAGCCUGAGCAGUCAGACUUCCAGCUUUUACUGGGAAAGGUAUGAUAACAGUUUAUCAACAAAUAUAUGCUGGCAACAUUCAUGGGGGAAGUGCCGCUGCAUGCCUCCUGGUCAAAAUCUGUCCGACCUGGGAGACACCACAGAUAAUGAAGAAGUGCAAAGGGACCCCCGGAUCAAUUCCAGCCCGGUGGCAGAAGAGGCUCAGGUUGACCCCCGGAAAUAUUCCCACAGCAGCUCAGCUGAGCGCUUCCUGGGGAACUCCCAUUCUUCUCUGGAACGAGUUUGUGGUUUGGGGUACGGGGAGCUGGACUGUGGUCGCUCCUGUGAUUACAAAGUGGGCUCUCCUUCUUAUCUGGAUAAAAUCGCCUGGAGGGAGGGAAAACCUCAACACUACUCAGAGCCCAAGCUGAUUCUGGAUCUGUCUCACUGGAAGCAAAACAGUAGCAGACACCCCCUGCCUGCUGAGACCAUCGGUGGCAGUAUGGAGGACCUGGGGGAGAUUAAGGAAGCAAAAGAGGAAGAAAUGGAGGAAACAGGGGAUUUGUUCCAGGAAAUCUCUCGCUGGGUGGAGACCACUCAGUCUCGUCUGCACUCGCCCAGUCCCAGCCCUUCAAUGGAGCGAUCCUCACCCUCCUGCUACACCUCGUCCCCCCCUCUCCCACUCUCUCCUACUGACCACCCGUCUCUGGUGUUCCACAUGAAGGAAGUUGUGCAGCAGCCGUCAGCUGAAUAUGAAUCGGACCGACUGAGCUACCUUCCUCCAUUCACAUCUUCUUCUAACACUCUUCCGUCCAUUUUCCCUUCAUCUCCCACAUCUCCUUUUUCUCCUCAACCAGUGUCCCCCACAUCUACACCACUUGUGGGGCUCCUUGAAUCUCACCCUCUUUCCUCUACGCCCUCCUCAGCGAACACAGACUCCAUGGAGUCUUUGCCUGUCAAGCAAAAAGAGCGUUUGUUUGACCUGGAUGUGUUUAUAUCCCAAGCGCUGAAACUUUGUCGGCAGAGUAAGGACAACGUUAACGGGAAGAAAGGACAAGAUGGAAUGUGGAUGGAAGAAAGCAAAACGUCAAACAUUCAGGUACCUGGACUUCCAGAGCACAGAACUCCACCACCAUCACAGACCCCCAACUCUUGAUGCUUCACUUCAGCUUCUGGUUCCACACAGGAUAAUAUUAU